AUGUCUACAGACGACCUCAAGGCGCACGCUGCGUCCAACCAGGAUUUCUACGCCUUGCUAGAUCUCUCGCCAUCCGCAACAGAUUCCGAGAUCCGCCGCGGAUACCGUAAAACAGCACUGAAAUACCACCCCGAUAAAAUCGCAAACCCAACACCUGCAGACAUCGAGAAGUUCCACCUGCUUCAGAUCGCCAACGAUGUUCUCUCAGAUGCGUCGAUCCGGCAACUUUAUGAUAAUGCGCGCGAAGCACGAUUGCGUAAGCAGCGCGAGCGUGAGCAAAUGGGCGCGGCGAAGCGCAAGAUGCGCGAGGAUCUUGAAGCUGCUGAACGGGCUGGCGCUGCUGCUGCUGCAGGUCAAAGGGGCAUGAAGAGGUCAUGGGCUUCUGCUGAUGAUGACGCUGAGGUCAAAUUACAACGGGAAAUUGAGCGAAUUGCGGAGGAUGGGCGACGACGUCGUCGUGAGGCGGGGGAUAAAUUGAAGCGUGAGCUUGAGGAGGAAGAGCAGAAGGCUCAAGCGGAGGAGGAAGAGGCUCGCAAGGUCGCGGACCGUGGUUCCCAGCGCGUUGAUCGGUCCCAGGAUGGUGGCGCCAAUGUUCCUGAACUCGAUCGCACAGUCAAGGUGCGGUGGGAGCGAGAAGCGCUUGAUCUCGACUCGGACCGGUUGAAAGCGCUUUUUGGGUCAUUUGGAAAAGUGGAGGGAACUUUUAUGCUCAAGGAUAAGAGGAAGCGUGUUGAAGGGAAACGUGAGAAAGUUACACUUGCAACCGGCGCGGUUGUUUUUGAAUCCAUUGUGGGCGCGCACGCAGCCGUCUUGGACAGCGAGAAGAAGCUUCGCCAAGCUGGUGUCCCAGAUGGGGAUUGGGCUCAUAUCGACUCUGUCGAAUGGGCAUCUGGUACUCCUCCGGAUCUUAUACGCGGCGCCAGCGGCCGAAAGGCUGCCGAAGUUGUUCCACCCAAAGAAGAUACUCCCCUUGAACAACAGAAUUCUGCACCGUCUGCCACACAAGAUAGCAAGUCAUCCGAACGGCCGAUAAAGCCUUCUUUCAGCUUUCCUGGCGUCACCUUGGGAGCUUCGAAAUCUGACAAGACGCCCUCUUUUGGCUCUUUCGCGUCUGCAGCGACGUCUGGUAAAGGAAUGCCUAGCUUCCAAGAGACUGUGAUGAUGCGCCUGAAGAAUGCGCAGCGCGAAAAAGAACGAAAAGCUCUUGAAGAUGAACUCGCCAAAGAAGACGAGGUAGCAGAUGCGAAUGGAUCUAAAUAG